UCAAAGAUGACGGCAAAGAUGGCAGCCUCCAUAGUGGAGCAUGGAGAAGAUGCUUUUCGAAAAUUGUUCAAGUUUUAUAGGAGGAGAAACCCUCCUCCCGACUUCAGUGAGGUUAUUAACUUCUCCAAACCUUGUAAUGACAAGGUUUUUCCUUGUGUACUGAACUCCACUUCAUUAAGUGAGGAUGAUGUUUCUAAAGCUGGUCUUCAACCGAUUAAAGACUGGAGAGCUUUUGGUCUGCAUGGGUAUCCAGGUUUUAUCUUUAUAUCCAACCCGUUUUUACCGGGCUCUCAGCAGUUCUGGGUAAAGCAGUGUCUGAAGAGCUAUCCACAGAAACCCAACGUGUGUAACCUGGAUAUGCAUAUGUCCUCUAUGGAGACCGAUAACAUCUGGGAAAGAAGCGUAGAUGCUAUUCAGAGGAAAGGCAGUAGGAAAAGAGAGCCAAAAACGCUGCUGGAAAAACUGCGAUGGGUCACUCUUGGUUACCACUAUGAUUGGAAUUCUAAGACUUACUCCCCAGAACACUACACUCCUUUCCCAAAGGAACUUCAUUCGCUUUCUCAUAAAGUGGCUGCAGCCUGUGGCUUUUCAGGAUUUGAUGCUGAAGCUGGUAUUCUCAACUAUUACCGAUCUGAUUCAUCGCUUGGAAUCCAUGUUGACGAAUCAGAGCUCGAUCAUACACGACCUUUGUUGUCUUACAGUUUUGGUCAGACUGCAGUUUUCCUGUUGGGUGGGACUAAAAGAGAAGAGCGUCCCACAGCUUUAUUCAUGCACAGCGGUGACAUAAUGGUGAUGUCAGGACCCAGUCGCCUACGAUACCAUGCAGUGCCCUGCAUCGUCCCAUCGCACACUGGAAACCUCCUUCCACCCGGCCUGUGCCAGAGACUAGAGACAGAAAUACAGAGCGAGGACAUCAUCCAAAGUGUUUCUCAAGAAGAUUGGGAAAUCUGCUCCUGGUACUUGCAGACGUCCCGGGUAAAUGUAACUGUUCGACAGGUACUUGCUUCUGGUCAGAGCUUUCCGGCAACACAGACAUCACAAAUGUCAGAAGAAGAAUCUCAACUGAAUAAGAAGAGGAAAAGCGAAUCUGGAUAUGAGCGCGACACCUAGCAUGUCUGUUUUGGACUGGAUACAUAUUUAAUUUAUGUAAAAUGCACCUCGUUUUAAACAUUGUACAUAAGAUUGUGAAUAAAAACAUUAUUGUAAUUUAUUCACAGUAAAUGACUCUAUUAGGGUAUAUUACUGAAUGUUUAAUAUAUUUAUGUAUUGAUCUUUAAACAGCUAUGUGAUAUAUUAUUAUAAGAAUGCAACAAAUGGAAAAUAGUGACAAAAAAACUAUUUUUAUUAGUAUUAAACAUUGGUCAUAAGUUGGCCCACAUGAAAUCUGUGUGCACAGAAUUCCGCGGAUUUUUAGCCCAU